UUCAAGAUGUCUACGAGCAGUGUGUAAUCUGUCAAAAUAUUUGUCAGACGAUCUGUCAAAAUAUUUGUCAUCGAUUAUAAUAUUGCUUAAAAAAUGUCGGCUAUGUUAACUGCCGAUUGGUUUCCUCUAGGACGAGACGUAUACUUUCGAAAAUUUGAGCUGUACCCGAUAUCCUUCCAGCAGGAAAUUUCUAUUAAUAAUUUAUUAGUGGCUGCUCCUUAUGGAGGUUCCAUUGCUGUAACGAGAAACCCCAAGAAGCUUGUCAAAGUUCAAGGAGCUAGCAAGCCUUUAAUAUUACUGUACACAGCAUCAGGAAAAUUGACAGCCAGAUUACAAUGGAGCAGCGGACAGUUGAUAACAUUUGGCUGGUCGCAACAGGAGGAAUUGUUGUGUGUACAAGAUGAUGGAAUGGUUCUAAUAUAUGACAUGUUUGGAACUUAUCAGCAUACUUUCAGCAUGGGAAAUGCAGCUAAAGAUACUAAAGUUGUUGAUGCAAAAUUCUUCGCAACAUCUAACAGCACCGGGAUAGCUGUUUUAACAUCUACUAAUCGUAUAUUUCUGGUAAACAAUGUAUCCGAGCCUAAAGUUCGACCAAUUACUGAUAUGCCAAGAUAUGGUGGAUCAAUUGAUUGUUGGUGCAUGGUACAUUAUGAUAGGGAAACACAGGUGAUUUUGUCAAAUAGAGAAGGAAUAUUUGUAAUUCAGCAAUCCCAUCAAAACACAUUUGCAUUUAACAAUCUCUUCAGCAACAAGAUUAACAGUGUGAUAGCAAUGACUGUAUCUGGUAAUUAUCGACAUAUUGCACUCUAUGCUGACACUGGACACUUGUAUAUCGGUUCAAUAGACUUCAGGGAGAAAUAUUGUGAAUGCUAUACAAAUAUGAAAGAACCUUUGACAAAUAUAGCCUGGUGUGGCACGGAAGCUGUGGUAUGCAGCUGGGACAGUGCAAUAAUGGUGGUAGGACGUACAGCUGAGACUAUAGUAUACAAUUACGACGGUCCGGUACACUUGGUUACAGAAAUCGACGGAGUGCGUGUACUUUCGAGCUGCUCCCACGAAAUGAUACAAAAAGUACCAAAUGUCGUGCAAAGAAUAUUUAGAAUCAACUCGACGGAUCCCGCUUCGUAUCUCCUGGAAGCCUCUAAGCAAUUUCAGAAAAAGAGUCAUAAGGCUGACAGUUACAUAGAUCUAGUGAAAGAUAAACUGGACUCUGCGAUAAAAGCGUGCAUCGACGGAGCAAGUCACGAGUUUGAUUUUGAAACGCAAAAGAUUUUGAUGCGAGCUGCCAAGUUUGGAAAAGGAUUCAGCAAAAGAAUGGAUUCGGAAUAUUAUGUUCAAAUGUGCAGAACUUUGAGAGUCUUGAAUGCAGUGAGACAUCCUGCUGUGGGUAUUCCACUAACAUAUACACAAUUUAAUGUUCUUACAAAUCAAGUACUACUAGACAGAUUAGUAGUGCGAAGACAUUAUUAUUUAAGUAUACAAAUAGCGCGUCACUUGCAAUUACCCGAGAUUGAUGGAGAAAGUAGAAUACUCGCACAUUGGGCUUGCUAUAAGGUGAAACAAACACAAUUGGAUAAAGAACAAAUAGCAGAAGAGAUAGCUGAUAAAUUAGGAUAUGCUCCUGGUGUUUCGUACAGUGAAAUUGCAAAGAGGGCAGCAGAUUGUGGGCGAAAACAAUUAGCUAUUAAAUUAAUCGACUAUGAACCGCGUGCGCAUCAACAAGUACCCUUGCUAUUAACGCUCGGCGAGGAACGAGCCGCUUUACAUAAAGCAGUAGAGAGUGGUAAUACGGAUCUAGUCUAUACCGUCAUUCUGCAUCUUAGAGAGAAUAUGACUCUCGGAGAUUUUCAAAUGUCUAUAAUGCAUUGCCCUCUAGCAAUGGCAUUAUAUAUUAAAUACUGUCAAAGUCAUAAUAGAGAGACAUUACGCGAUAUUUAUAAUCAGUAUGACGACUUUCAUUCGCAAGCAGUGUGGUUUAUCACUGAGAGUUAUCAACGAAAGAACACCAUGUCGAGAGAUGCAUUAUUGCAAUCUGCACAAGAAAAUUUCAGAUUGGCUCGUAAUGACACCAAUGCAUCACUAACAGAAGAACAGAUAAAGUUAUUAAAGUAUCAGAGAUCUUUAGAGGAUACAUUACACGAGUCAAUCGUUGGAAAGCCUCUACAUGAUACUGUAAAAAUAUUAUUAUUGCGUAAUGAAUUGAAAUUGGCGGAUAAAUUACGAUCAGAGUAUAAAAUACCAGAUCGGAGAUAUUGGUGGUUAAAGAUACAAUGUCUAGCAGAACAAGGUCUGUGGAGCGAUUUGGAGAAAUUCUCAAAAAGUAAAAAGUCUCCUAUCGGCUAUGAGCCAUUUGUAGAUGAAUGUCUCAAAUAUAAUGAAAAAUUAGAAGCGAGAAAAUACUUAGUCAAAGUUAAAGAUGAUCUCAAAGUAAAGUAUCUAGUAAAAUUAAAUAUGCUGAGUGAAGCAGCAAAAACAGCAUUUGAUCAAAAAGAUACUUCUGCUCUUACAUUUGUACUAGCACAAUGCGGACCAACAGACAGACAAUUGAUAGAUAAGAUUAAUAUGUAUUUAGCUAGUUUUAAAAAUUAAAGUUUCUUCACUUU